AUGACAAUGCCUGGUUUGGGCGAGAUGGGAGAGACUGAUUUGACUCCCUCUCAAAUCCAAUUGGGGUGGUCUGCCCCUUCUUCUCAAACACAUACUCCUGCUCCUGCGGCUGUGCCGCCACAUGUAUAUUCCCCCAUGUCUUUUGAACAUAUGUCUGAUUACCAAUCACGAAAUCAACAUAUCUUCUACUCAACCCAAAUCCAAGGAGCCGCUACUUCUAUUCAGGCUGUGCAAGAUCAGCUUAUCCAUCUAUCUCCCUCUCGAUCUACAGGCCCUCCUCCCCCACCUCCGCCUGCUGGCACCAGUACAGCCACAAACAUCCCUCCUGCCCCCGCAACAUCUUCCUCCGAUCUAAAAUUUGCUAAACCAAACAAAUUUGGUGGCAAAAAGGAAGACGCCCUAAAUUUCAUUAUCACCUGUCAGGCUUAUAUAAGGGCAAAAGGGGCCAACCAAUCCCAUGAAGAAAAAUUUUUAUGGGUUACAUCAUACUUUGAGGGAGCGGCUGAAGACUGGAAGAUAUUGAUGUAUUUUGGGCCAAAUUCACCAAACAUUAUGUGGACACCAAUUGUGAUGAAAAAUAUCGCCAAAAAUGGAACAAUUUGCGACAGAAGGCUUCACAAUGAAACCUUGCGUGACAAAUACUACGAUGGCCUCAAAAAUGACAUCAAGGACAUCAUGCUCUCCACCAUGUUCCAAUGGCGUCACGCCACAGCUCAACAAGUUUAUGAUAAGGCAGAAGAGAUUGCAAAUCAUAUCAAAUCCACUCGCCUGUCCAAUCCGUCGGUCUCCACUAUUUGCGCCCCUUCCUCUGCUACCCCCACUUCCACUUCCAACCCCACUCCCAUUUGUACUUGUCUUAAUGUUGGGGACAAUGUUUACAUGAUUGAUCCCACCACUCAUCGCGCCAAGAAAGGCGCUAUCACUUCCAUUGUUCAAACAACCUCCGGCAACAUGCCAAAUGUUAGAUGGAAUGGGGAAACAAAGGAUACUAUGAUUCCCUUCCCAUCUUUAAAAAAGGAUGAGCGCCCUGCUGCCGCUGCCCCAGUAAAGCCUAUUAUUGCCCCUGUCCCUGUUUUAGCUUCAAAUUCUAAGGGCCCAGGCCCCAUGGACCUUGAUGGAAGGGGCUUUGCAAAUCUCACCUGUCAUUUGCUCCCUGACGCAAAACCCCAACAUGGCCCCAUUUAUAGCCUAGGUCCAAGGGAGGAUGCAGAACUCAAGGAAACUAUUGAAAAGCAACUCAAGGCCAGAUUGAUUCAACCCUCAAAGUCUCCUAUGGCUUCUCCAAUCUUAUUUGUCAAGAAAAAGAAUGGAAAGUUACGCAUGUGUGUGGACUACCGGCGCUUAAAUAGCAUGACCAAGAAGAAUGUGUACCCUUUACCUUUGCCACAGAAUCUUAUUGAGAAGUUACAAGGCGCCAAGAUCUUUAGUAAAUUCGAUCUUAAAGCAGGGUACAAUUUAGUCCAAAUCAAAGAAGGUGACAAAUGGAAAACAGCCUUCAAGACAAAAUACGGAUUAUUUGAGUACUUGGUCAUGCCUUUUGGGUUAACAAAUGCACCGGCGGUUUUUCAAGACAUGAUGAAUGAAAUAUUCCGAGACCUUUUGGAUGUCUAUGUCAUUAUCUACCUGGACAACAUUUUAGUAUUCUCCUCAAAUGAAAGAGAUCACAAGGCCCAUGUGCGCGAAGUACUAAAGAGGCUACAGGACAAUGAUCUCUUCUGCAACAUCAAAAAAUGCCAUUUCCACGUCAAAAAAAUUGAUUACCUAGGGUUCAUCAUAUCAGAGUCUGGCAUAGAAGUUGAUCAGUCUAAAGUCACAGACGCAAUGGAUUGGUCAACACCUAAGAAUGUCAAAAAUGUCCAGGAAUUCUUAGGAUUUGUGAACUUUUAUAGACGAUUCAUCCCCAACUUUGGCAAUAUGGCACAACCCUUGUACAACUUGCUCAAGAAAGAUAGUGUUUGGAAAUGGGACUUGGCAGAACAACAGUCUUUUGAGGGUUUGAAAAAAUGUCUUACGUCAGCACCAUUGCUCCUACAACCGGAUACCACAAGGCAAUUCUAUGUGGAAUGCAACGCAUCAGACUAUGCAACAGGAGCCAUACUAUCCCAACGCAACUCUGAAGGGAAAUUGGCUCCAGUAGCCUAUCUGUCCAAAUCCUUAUCCCCUGCCAAAAAAAAUUACGAUAUCUUUGACAAGGAAUUGUUGGCGGUCAUUAGAGCAUUUAAAGAAUGGCGCCAUUUGCUAGAAGGAUCUGAAUUGCCAGUCCAAGUUCUAACGGAUCAUAAGAACUUGGAGUACUUUUCCACGUCUCAAUCUUUGAAUAAACGGCAAAUUAGAUGGGCCAACUUCCUAGUUGACUACAAUUUCCAAAUUAUCUACAGGCCAGGAGCACAAAACAAAAAGGCAGAUAUCCUCUCAAGACGCUACAAUCUGGUACCCCUUGAAGGGGGGGUAGAGAACCAGGUUCUCCUAAAACCGGAACUUUUUAUUGCAUCCAUAACUCCGGAUCAGGAAAUCAAUGAUCUAAUUGGCGAGGCCAUUUACAAGGAUGAUUGCCUUAAGGAAAUUCUACACAAACUCCAGAACAAGGAAAAGGUCUUAGACUGGGAGUUGAGAGAAGGUUUACUAUGGUUUCAAGGAAAAAUAUUUGUACCAAAGGAUGACACUAUUAGGAACCUCAUCCUGGAAUCUAGGCACGAUGCAUUAGCGGCAGGACAUCCAGGACAAGCUAGAACAUUAGAACUUGUCUCCAGGAGUUACUACUGGCCAUCGCUGAAAAAGUUUGUCAAUUCUUACGUCAGCCACUGCAAAACCUGCAUCAGGUCCAAGCCAACAAAUCAAUUACCUGUGGGCCUGUUAAAACCAUUGCAAAUUCCUGAACGCCCCUGGGAAGACAUUGCUUAUGAUAUGAUUGUGGGACUACCGGUUUCAGAAGGUUUUGAUGCUAUCCUGACAGUGAUUGAUUGA